AUGUCUUCCGAAGUUCCCACCAUCUCGAUAACAAAUCCAGACUCGGAAAGUCAAGAUCUCGCCCUGAAUAGCCCCUUGGCUCCUUCACCUCCUGAAUCGCCCACCGUCUUCGAUGUCGUGAAAAACAUGGAGGCUCUCGAUCGGGAUGAGUUGUGCGAGAAUGAACCUGAGCCAGAUGUCCAAGAAGCCACUCCUAACGACACACAAGAACCAGCAGCUCAACACGACUCGCAUUCACCUGAAAAUCCGCAACAACCAGUGAGCCAUGAACAACAAGCAACAACUGAUCAACCGGAACGGCGAUCGACUUCCGGUGGUGCAGCGCCGACCCAAGAAGAACAAGUAGUAGAGCAGCUGGCUAUUGAACAACCACCCCAUGACAUACGCGAGUUUUAUCAACAAAAGACCGUGUUCCUUACUGGUGCCACUGGUUUCGUUGGCAAAGCCGUUCUCUGGAAGCUAUUGAAUCUCGACGUCAAAAAGGUCUUUUUGCUAUUGAGACCAGGCCAAAGAUUAUAUGGGUCAACAGGCAAUCGCUUAGAGGAUGAUGUGUUGAGUGAUAAGGCAUUUGUUUCAUUGCGGCGAUCCAUGGGCCCUACCUCAUUUGAUCGGAUGAUCAAGGACAAGAUCCAUGCUAUCCGAGGUGAUCUCGCAAAACCAGCAUUGGGACUCAACGACGACGAUCGCAAAUCCAUUGUCAUGGAAACCAAUGUUAUCCUUCAUUGUGCUGCUGUGGUGGAUGGUAGUGAGAAUUUGGCCAAUAGCAUACGGGUGAAUGUGCUUGGAACAAUGGAUAUGCUUGAUAUUGCCAAUGAAUGUAUGACUCUUUCAGCAUUUAUUCACAUGUCACCAUUGCAAGUACAACAUUCCAAUCCUGCUGAAGAUCAUCUUUUCGCUGUGCCUGGUGACGACGCCGAUGCAAUUGUUCAACGUAUCAUGGCUUCCACCCCCGAAGAUAUGCCAUCCAUUCUUGAUUAUUGCAGCGGGAAAUACCCUGAUGGUUACCUCUUAUCCAAAUCAUUGGCUGAGCAUAUGAUUACUCGUGAAGUGGGAAGGAUCAAGGAGAAUGGUGCCUAUCAAUUCCCAAUUGCUAUCUUGCGAUCAAGCCCCAUUGGCCCUAGUGUAGCUGAGCCUCUUGUUGGUUGGGCGGAUGGCGUGAAUGGAGUCAAUGGCACUAUCUUGCUCACGGGUCGAGGCACACGUGUCAUUCAAGCAAGCAGUGGCAAUUCAGCGGCUGAUGUGGUACCUGUUGAUUAUGUGGUGCGUAUGAUACUUGGAUGUGCUGCAACAAUCAACACGCCCAAAUCCGAUUACAGACUUCCUUCAUCCGAUCCAGUCGUAGUAGAACAACAACAACAACAACCCAAUGGAUCGACACCACCACCAGCUGAUCGAGAUUCAGGAUCAACCACAGAUGUAUCCAAUAAGCGACUAUCGACAUCCACCACCAAAUCAUUUACUCGACAAGAACCUUCAGCAAAGCAGUCCAAUGUAUUCCCUUAUAUUUAUCACGUAUCAAUGAUCAACUUGCGUUGUUUGACAUGGCGAGCCGCCUAUGAACCCAUCCGACAGUAUUGGACACAAGCUAUUCAGACAUCUCUUCCUCCAGCACAACAAUAUUUCGCAACAGGAGUGGGCCUUAAUCGUGCACGUACGGUGAUGAAUUCGAUCCGAUCCGCUGCCUCUUCCUACAUGAGCAGUAACAACAAUAGCAGCAACAACAGCAUAUCGGCAGCUGAAGCACGUGCUCGAAAGCGUAAUUCACAUCGACUCAGCAAUUGUGUGGAUAAAGCUACCAAACUUCAACCUACCAUUCGAUCCUUGUACAGAGAUGCUUCCAUUAUCGACAAUAAUGCUCUCAGGCUACGACGUGCUCUCAUUUCCACUGAACUCGAUCCUCACAGCCUUGUACCCGAAGAUGCUGAUCAUGGUUUUUGGCGCAACUACUUGCUGAAUGCUUGUUAUGGUAUACACUAUUAUGUGUGUAUGGAGCCUGAUUUGCGAUUGCCAGUGCCAUUAACGGGUUGGCAUUGCGCUUUGGAAUCAUUGGAUGUACAUGGCGAUGAUACCGACAGGUUGAUUGAUCGUCCCGCUCAAAGUGUGGUGUUCUCCCCAGAUCAAAUCAAUCGACGUAUUGCACGUAUGGUGGCUCAAGUACGUGAUGUCCUCAGCAGCAGCACACCUGAUUUGCAAGAAGAUGAACGCUGGUUGGGUGAUAUGGAUGACAGCUUGGAUGAUUGGAGCCAUGAUUCAGCCGUGUUCAGUUUGGAUAAGGAUGCUAGAAUGGUGCUUGGCAAAUGGAAAAAGAAAGUCGGCAGCCAUGAUGACAAGGUCAAGAUCGUUAUUCUCAAUGAUAAACGUGUCAACAAUGCCAUCACUCAGAUUACACACAAUGCUGGUGUUCAUAAACAAACAGCAAUGAACGAAGCCAACAGGAUCCUUGUACGAAUGAGCGAAAGAACGCAAUUGCAAUUUGUUUGGUUUGCUGGCUACUUCCUAAAGUCGCUCUUUGAUGACAUGUUUGAAAAUGUGCGCAUUGAAGAAGAUAGCAUAAGACGUAUUCGAGCUGCAACUCUUGGCAAGCGCGUUGUGUUUGUGCCCGUCAUGAAGAGCGCAAUCGAUCCUUUGUUGGUGUGGUAUAUUGCUAUUCGAUAUCAGCUUCCUGUUCCUGCAUUUGCUUGUGAUGAAAUUUUUGCACAGCUUGGCCCUCUUUCCGAUAUUUAUCGAUUGUCCGGUGCCUAUUAUAUCAAGCGUGAUCGACAAGAACGAUCUCCACUCAACUCGGCUGUCAUGGCUGCAUAUACACAAGUCCUCUUGCGAGAACAUGGUGCACUAUCCAUGUGCCUUGAACGAGCACGUAGUCGAUCUGGCAAAUACCAAGAAGCCUAUGAUGAUGGCUUGAUUGAUAUGAUUGUUGAAUCCACGUUACAAUCGAAUCAACCUCGUUCACCAGCAGUCUCUCGUGUCUCAAGCCUUGAAAACAGCAGCCCACCUGCAUCACCUGAUACCCCCAGUUCUUUGGUUGGUAGCCCAACCAUGAGCGUGGAUAGCUCCAAUGGCAACAUUCCACGCAAAGUGCAUCGCGAUGUAUUUAUGAUACCGAUCAAUAUCACUUAUGAAAACCCACCCGAGUUGGCAUACCUCGUUGACGAUCUUUUGGAUCAGCAUCCUGCACAAUCGCCUGCUAGUCCUGGUGCUCAAGUUCAAGGCGUGGUUCGACCAAGUGAAGCUAUGGAUAAGAGAAACAAGUCGCAUGAAAAUGGUAACCAUGGUCGACGCAAAUUUGGACGUGCUCUUGUUGGUGUGGGUCCAUUGGUGAGCGUUCAAGAUGCAGUGGAAGAUACACAACGAACAAGCAGUGGUUCGGUGAUUGAUCCAUCGGAUGAAUCGGUUAUUGUGAAAAAGAUCAUCAAACAAGUCCAAGAGAAUCAACGCAAGGCACUCAUUGUAUCUCCUGUAUCAUUGGUUUCUGCCAUUGUGCUUUAUGGUCGAGCCACAGGUGGCGUGUCAUUUGGCAAACUGAAAGAUAUGGCUGAAUGGCUACGAGCAGAAGUGAUUUCUCGAGGCUACCAAAUUGAUUGGCAAGAGGGUGAAGAUGUUGAUUCGGUGGUGCUUUACGCUUUCCGAUUGUUGGACGACAACAAGAACAUUGUUAUUGAAGGCAAACAUGUUACCGAUGACACCAAUAUCCGCGUCAAUGACCAUGCUGACAAUGUCAUGGCUCUUGCUUACUAUGCGAAUCAGAUCAUGGAUGUUUUCCUCUUGGAUGCCUUCUUUUCGGUUGUUUAUCUUUCCUUUGGCGAGGAUGUUGUGAUGGAGGAUGAAUUUAUGGAUCGCUUCCGAUUCCUUGUUCAAAUGCUUGAGCGUGAAUUUGUCCUAUCUUGGGAUUAUGAUGAGCGAUUCAAUACAGUAUUGUCGGUUUAUGAAAGGAGAAAGGUGAUCAAAAAGUCAACCGAUGAAAACGAUGUCACUCGCCUACAUCUUGCUGCCAACAUGGAAAGCAAUUCGGUGCGCUAUGAGCAACUCAUGUUCCUUGCUUCGUUGUUGUAUCCUACCAUUGACUCGUAUUGGAUAACGUCAUGCUCACUUUCGGCAUUGGAAGCUGUCCCCAUGCUUCCUCGCAGCAUUGUCCCAUUAUUAGCGCAAUGGAUCGCCACUCAUUUGAUCACGGGUCGACGCACCAUAUUCCGAGAAGUCCUUUCUACCGAAUCGAGUCGUAUGGCAGCCGAUGUAUUUAUGGGGCUUGGAUUCUUAAACGAGAUGCAAGCCAAGGAGAAGUUAUCUCCUGAUGCACAAAUCCUUUUACAUGAGCUUGGUAUUCCCACAUCAGAAGCAUUGAUUGUACUUUCAGGCCAAAACAAUGAGACAUCUCCACAAACGCCUGUUUCCCCUGAAGAUGGCGAGGCAAUGAUGAAAGCGUUGAUGGCGCAAAUCCAGAUGAAUCGAGCCAAUUCCAAUAUGGCUGAUCUAUGUCAACAAAUCGACUCUUACCGAUUGGGAUCCAUGUCUCAAAGGGAGACGUUCCAAAACAAGCAAGUUUUCCAAAAAUGCCUAAAGCAAAUCAAGGGUAUUCUCCAAGCAAACACUGGAUUCGCAAAGAAGCGGCAAAUCGAAUUGCCAGAAAACGAGGAGAGGUUGGUACAAUUGGUAUAUGCUCUUCGUACCAGUAGCUCCUCAAACUUGGAUCGGGCAUCAAGUCAAGGAGGAGGAGGAGCAGGUUCGGGUGGAGCUGCAGGCAAUGGACGAGCUCUUCGCCGUAUCUCUGAAGCAUACAACUUGCGGUAUUAA